AUGGUUAAUAAAAGCGAAGAAAAUAAGCCUGACUCCGGUUCUUCCGACACAAAAAAAACGACAGCAUGGGUAAACAAUGCUUUACGUAACGGUUCCUCCACCAAGUAUACUAAUCUCGUAGAGAAACCUGCCAAUCUACAAAUUGACCAUUUUUGGGGAACAGGUGAUAUUGCUAAAGUGAUUACUGAGAAUCAUGAUUUAAGUAAAAUAACGGCGAAACAGCUUAAAAAUGUUUCAGAUAAACUCAAUAAUGAAGAUAAUUGUUUUGGAAUCGAGAAAGAUACCAAUGCUCGGAAAAGUAGAAUACCAUUAAAAAAUUAUCCUAACGAUCCGUUAAUAAACGAAUACUUGAAAAAAGAAACUCAGAAUGGGAAACAAGUCAUUGAACAUAUUAAAAAAAAUGUUAUGCACAUGCAGAAAGAAAAAGGCAAAAAUGGAGCAUUAACCAGACAUGUGGGGGAUCAUCUUAAUGAUCUGAUUAAUAAAUUAGAACCUAGUGGAUCUAAUGAAUCUAGUUGA